AACGUUUCCAUUAAAAACAAAAUAACACGUCAACAACAAAUCUAUGGAUCACACCGAGCAUUUAAUGACAGCUACGUCAUGACGUCAUCAGGACAGGCUGAGGUCACGCUGCCCUCUGCUGGACACAGUGAGCGCUGAGCGUCCGCAGAGGCGGAGCUUAUCACCUCCGACAAACGUCGCUGCCAAACUAUAAAUAUGUCAUUUCUUAAUACAGUCACCUCCGAUGCAUAUUUGGUAAAAAUGGGCGGAGCGAGAACACUUCCGGGCUUACUUGAGAAUUGGAACAGCACUUGGACUGAGACUGAUGACGUUUUCACAAUUACGGGAGUACACACAAGUACACACAAGUACACACAAGUACACACAAGUAUGGAUAUUGAGAAACGGCCUAGUAGUUCUGUGUUUUCUUAUGUAAGAACAGAUCAUAUUAUAACAUCAGCUGCUUUCUUCAGCUUGAUGGCAUCCAGGGGUCACCGCCACCACAGACACUGACCACACCUACGGCCACACCUCCGGCCACACCUCCGGUCAGCCGCCUCAACAAUGGAGGCACAAAACAUGGCCCAUUCAGAAUGAAUGUCUCCUGCCUACCGGUCAAAUAUCAGAGCUGGUCAAACAACAGGCGGCUUGGACUCCUCAGAUGUGUGUGUGUAUUGUUGGGGAGUUUCCUGUCACUCAGGACACAUCCACACUGAAACGGCACGGAACAUAAAAAAAACCUCUUUCUUUGUCGAAGAAGAAAGAACCCCCAAAAUGACCCCAAACGCUAGAGUAAAUAUGCCAGGACUGUACGUUUGUUACGCUGUAACCCUCCAAACUGACUUCAUUACAGAUAUUACAACAGAUACAGAAACAGAAUGACAGAACUUCCUCUUAUGAAUCUAAAUACUUUCUGAGAUGGAAAUCCGAUCAUUGAACUGUCCGUGAAAGGUUUUAUUUUCUCCUCUCUUUAUUUUAUGAUGCAACACUUUUUUCACCUUGUGUGUGAACUCACUAAAGACAGGAUGUGUUCUAGUGACAGCUGCUGUAUUUUCACACUGACAGUUACGUUUCAUUGACAGUAGUUGGAGAGAGGUGGGAACAUGACGCCAUCGUUCUUCUCAAGAAGCGUAUUCACUGUCUACAGGGAAAUGCAAGUUGAUGGACAUUCAUGUGUGAGUGCCUACUGGGACACAGUUUCCUGUGUGGUGAACAUCACUGGUAAUCCGGACACGGAACAGACCACCAGCAGCUACAGCCUGAAGUUUACUGACAAGCGGAGUAAAGUGACGUACACUUGUCCACUCACAGUAGAGACGCACAGUCACAGCUGUGUCUGCAAAGUGAACCCUGAUGAGACAAUGGCCAAUCACAUGAGCUUCACAAUACAAGUGUGUGACGACGCUGGCUGCCAGUCUCUAAACGACGCUUUCAUACCGUCAAACAACAUUCAGCUGACAGCCCCGUGUGACGUUAAUGUCACUCAAACACCAGAGGUUUUCAACAUCACGUGGAAGAGUGGUUAUGAAGAUCAUUUCUACCUCAAAAUAUUCGACUACGAGGUGCUGCUUUUCAAACCUCACAGCAGGAGCAAAUGUUUCAGCUUUACUCAGAACUUUGGAUCCAUUCCAAGAUCACGACUUGAAGCGGCGGCGACAUAUUGCACCAAAGUGAGAUCAAAACCCUUUGAAUCGCAUUAUUAUCGAUAUCCUGGAACUUGGAGUGAAUGGAGUCGACCGACAUGUUGGGAGAAUGACAUGCACGAAGUUUUCUCAGAACAAGAACAUCUGUUAGUCACUCUCACCAAAUUUCUGGGCCCCAUAUGCAUGGUUAUGGGAGUUGUGCUGUGUGUAUUCUACAGCCCCACUGCAAGAAUGAAGAUAAAAACUUUGUCCCACACACCGUCACCAGCACCUUUCUUCCAACCACUCUAUCAACAACACGAUGGAAAUCUCCAGGAAUGGCUUGGCCCUCAAGGGAAAUUUGCACUAACAUACUCAACUGAUGAGCUCUUGAUCACUGACGUGCUGAACGGCGUACACAAACCCAUCACAAAGGAUGCAGAAGAGAACCAGGACUUCUACAACCUGGCAGUGAUGCCCCUGACCUUCAGUCAGUGUCAAACCUCCUAUGUUGCUGCCCCUGGGGGCCCCCAGCCCCCGCCUGUCACUAUGCUCUGUCCCGCGGACACUCCUUACACUCAGCUACCCUGCUCCAUCUGGGGCUUUGGCACCGAGGACGUUCAGGAGAAGCCGUGUCCGCCUGAAGACUUCUUAGACACGAGCCAUGAAGACUCUGGCUGCAGCUGCAAGGACGUGACCCCGAGCCCAGAGUGCAGUUUACCCAACAGUCCCGUUGAUGCCAGUCCGCCGCCAUGUUUCUGUACUGACUACUGUCUUCUCAACAAAACGGCAGCAGGUCUUGUUCCUGUGUUAGUGAAAUGAAAACAGGUGUUGUGCGUUUCCAUCGUGGUGCGUUUGGUUUGGAAUGGUAAAGCCUGGAAUGGGUCAGGCUUGUGUUCUCACUGAGAACUGUAGCGUCACUUGGUUACAGGCCACCAUUUACACGAUGGAGGCAUUAUUUUUCCUGCUCAGUUUGAGGUUGGUUGCUCAGCUGACUGUUGUGACCUUGCUGUACUCUGGUUGGCUGCUUGUUUUAGUACUAGUCCUCAUGGAAAGGCAAAACAAAUCAAAUACGUGCUGUCCCGUACCAAACCAUUCCACUCAGUGAAACCGUGGCUUUAGAUCAGCUUUCUAUAUGCUGUGUUCUGAGAGAGAGAGAGAGAGAGAGAGAUGCUGAGUGCUCAUCGUCAGAUCGAUAAGGUGUCAUACAGUCAUACCAACAGUCAUACUUUGUCCUGAAAUGAAGAAUCAAGUGCUGUUUUUCUUUGUUUGUACAGUAAACUUCUCAUAUUAUUAAACUCAUAUUACAAACAGGAUGUUCAUUCAGCUUCUGUUAAGUAAGGUACAAAUUAAAGGCUUUUACAAAAGAUACUUCUGGCUAUAAUAUGUUAAAUGAAGAGAACCCUUCUGGUCUCACAAUGUAACAAGAGACUCAUCUACAGCACAUUUGGUAAAUGAAUCACUUUAAUGAGGAAGCCCUGAAAUUAUUUUGAUUUUUUAAUGAUCAUUUUCACACGUUUUUUUACCCCUGUCUCUCUUUUGAGAGGAAAAGUGAAAACAAAUAUUUUUUAGGAUGUUUCUCAUAUGUUUCUUCUUCUUCUUCUUCUUCUUCUU